AUGGGAACAGCAGCAUCAGCUAUCUCUCCAGUAUCAGCGCUGCCAGAAUCGUCUGCAUCAGUGGCAGCAGAGUUUACCUCCACUGACGCUGCUCUGGUGCGACUUGUGCCUGUGAACACAAACCCGGUCGUUGCAGUCUUCACGUAUCGUGCUGCCUGCAUUCUGCAGUGGGCUCGCACGUAUGGGUCUGAAACCAUCCCCGCUAGCCAGUGCUGCGAAGACAACCCCCAGGGGAAGGUUCGGCCCAUGCGCCAUCCGCUUCGGGACCUUCCGAGCCUGCUGGUGAGGCUCGGCGCCAUCCCCAAGCCGCUGGACGGAGGCAGCUUUCCCUUGGAGUGGGAGGAGUGGCCUCAGGGCGAGGAAGCUGUUGUGAAGCUUCCUGAUGACCCCAGUGCGAGAUGCUUCCACCUGAGGAUUGUGGAGGAAGCAAAGGGGACAGCAGGGCAGCGUGGGGCAGGAAAGAAAGGCGGACAGAGGACAUCUUUGACUGCGAGGGGGCAAGGAGGAGACAAAGGGAGGGGCAAGCGGGGGGAAAGGAGCAGUGGGCGUGGGGAAGAAGUUAGAGUUGAAGGAUUGAGGACGAGCGACGACGAGGGGCUGCUGCGCAAGCUGCUCACAUCGCUGCUGCCGCUAGUGCAGAGGAAAUACCCCAUCGUUCGCUGCACUGCCGAUGCCGAGUUUCUGGUGGAGUUUGCUGGGUUUCUGGUCAGGCCACCUGCAUGUGCGCAGUGCAAUGAGUGCCUUGGGGUCUUCAGCCGUCCCAUCCCCUUCCUCUUGCUCAUCGCCAACUACGCCUACCGACCUGUCACCACCCUUUUUAACCGCUUUGUAUCCAUCUUCUCUCCCCUCUCUCCCGAAUUCGAACGGCUCGCUGCUCGUAUGGGUGUGCCUCUCGCUGCCAGUGCGCCUGGCUAUCUAAGAUCGCCUGCGGUGCAGGCUCGGGCAGAACAGCUUCCUGUUCUCUUCCUGCUGACGGUGGCUCUAAACUGGGCUGCCCCCAUCCUGGGAGUCACGGACCUGAAGUUCCUACACAGGCUGCGAGACGGAAAGGAAGAUGAUGGGAGGGUGUGGGAAGAGGUGCAAAUGUGGUGCCUAGCGGUGGAGCUUGCGUGGCAGGGCGGCAUGAAGCUGGAGGCUGAGGUGUUGAGAGACAGGUGCGAGGGCAGCAAGGGGCGGGCCAGUUGGGAUGGAAAGGAGGGAGAGGUGUUUGCGAGUGCUAAGGGGCAUGAGUUGUGGAGAAGGGCUUCCAUACCCAGGUUCUGUGAAGACAUGCAGGAUGAUAGCGGGCCUUCCGGUGGUGCCAGUGGGAGCAGCAACCGCAGCGACAGCUCUGGGAGAAACAGGAGAAACCAAGGGAGGGGGGAAGAUGAUGGGACGUGCGAGAAGGGGGAGGAGUCGGCUUAUCUGAAGCCGUGGCCGGGGGGAGUCAAUUUGGUGGCAUGUCUGCGAGAGAUGCUGCUGGGGGAGCCGUGCUGCCGCCUUGCCUCCCCUGCUGCCCCUUCCACCUCUGCUGCCCCUUCCACCCCUGCUUCCUCUUCCACCCCUGCUUCCUCGUCCACCCCUGCUUCCUCUUCCACCCCUGCUUCCUCUUCCACCCCUGCUGCCCCACCGACCAUGCUGUGA